AAUGGACUAUUUUGAACAAUUUUAUAGUGAUUUAAAGUUUACUGAGAAGCGUGAUGCCAAUCUUACGUCUGAGCAACAAAUUGAUCGAAUUCUUCGCCCAGGUUCUACUUAUUUGAACUUAAAUCCGUUUGAAGUAUUGCAACUUGAACCUGAAUCGAAUGUUGACGAUGCCAGAAAAAAAUAUAAAAAACUUUCUUUGCUUAUUCACCCCGACAAAAAUCCUGACAAUCGAGAACGGGCAGAAAGGGCUUUUGAUGCUUUGAAAAAAGCUUUAUCGUUGCUUGAAGAUCCUGAUGAAGUAGCGCGAUGUAGAGAAAUGUAUGAGGAGGCAAAAGCUCGAUUGGCUGUGCAAAUUAGUGAAAAGAAACGAAAAUUGCGAAAAGAAGGAAGGCCUGACACAGUUGAGGAAGAUACUCCAGCAGGAUAUGCACGAGCUUUGUGGGUAACUGUUACAAAAUGUUUUGCUGACAGAGAAAAGAAACGAAAAAUGUUGGAGGAAAGGGCUAAUGAUGAAAAACGUCGUCUGGCUGAAGCUGUACAAACAGCUUCUGAGAAACGUCAAUUAGAAGAAGAAUAUAGGAAGAAUUAUGAAGAAAGUCGAGAUGAAAGACGGGGUUCUUGGAGAGAAUUUAUGAAGAAAAAGGAGAAAAAACUUGAGAAAUUUAGAGGAGCUAAUUUUAAGCCUCCGCCUCCAAAAUUGGAAGUUUCUAAAGAAAUUACAAAGCCCAAACCACAAUUUUGA